AACAAAUGCAAGCAACACGUUCUCUCGCCACUAGUCGCUACAGUUUGCCGCCGUUCAUGUACGCUACACCACGCACAACGCAUUGAUAACACUAACUUCAUUGUCAUCGCCGUAGUUUAUUUUAUUAUUGUAAUUUAUAUAUUUUUUAAUUGUCGUAAGUUCGCCAGUGUUUCACGUCCGGACGUCGUCAGGAGACAUUUUUUUCUGUUUUCAGUUGCAUAAAACCGCAUCGAAAUGGGCCUAGGCACAUCCACGAUCAAAUACAUUUUGUUUUUUUUCAACUUUGCGUUCGCUCUUUCCGGACUAGCACUGUUAGCCUUGGGAUUAUUUACCCGGUAUUAUUCAACAAAAACUGAAGAGCUGGCCAAUAAAGCAUCCGGAGAUGCAGCUGGUCUUGCGGCUUUGGCGUUCAUCAUCAUUGGCGGAGCUGUUUUCGUUGUGUCGUUCUUCGGCUGUUGCGGAGCUAUCCGGGAGAGCCAUUGCAUGAUCACAAUGUACGCAAUGUUCCUGUUGGCGUUCUUCCUGUUGGAGGUAGCCACCGGAGUUUUCUUGUACGUGAACCGGGGACAAGUGGAAUCGAUCACUCGAAAAUCCUUAACUACCGUUUUUGAAGAUUAUUCAAAUAAAUCGGAAUCACACGCUCUUGUUGAUGAGAUACAACAUGAUUUCCACUGUUGUGGCGUAGACGGACCGAACUACUGGACCGAACGUAACGCGGCUGCUCUACCGCACACUUGUUGCCACGAUGAUGGUGGCCAAGGAACGACAUGCUUUAAGGCUCAGGCGUGGCAGGACGGUUGUCUGCAAAAAUCUAUCGACUUGGUCAAGGACAAGUCGGGUAUGCUGUUCAAGAUCAUCAUGGGUAUCGCAGCUGGAGAGCUGAUCGGUAUAAUUUUCGCGCUGUGCCUGGCGAGUAGCAUACGAAACGAAGAACGUCGACAAGGAUACGCUUAAAUAAAUGUGGCAGCGACAUGAUAUAUAAUUAUACAAAUUAGUAUACAUUUUCACCUCAUAUUCUAUUGAGGAAAAUAAUUCCCUUUCUAAAUAUAUUAUAAGUAUUUUUGUUGUCCCAAUCCGAAACCAUCCAACAAAACAAAAUCAUGUUAAUAAUUUUUAAAUUUUACUUUUCGUGUCACAUUAUAUACAAACACUCACAUGCACACACAAACAAAUGCUUGAGCAUUUUGAUUUGUAAAAUACUUUUUUUUCGCGAUUUAUGAAUGUAAUUAUUUAAAAAUCUUAAUAAACUAUGUACACAUGUUAUAAUAAUAUUUAUGAAAAAAAGAAUAAUUAUGAUAAUGUAUAAAGCACGUUUUUUUUUUAAUCUUAGGGUAUUUAUUAAUUGUAAAAAAUGAAUAUCUGUUUUUAUUUUUAUUUUUAAAUUAUAUUAUUAUUAUAAUGCUUAUAACUUUUAUUAAAUUAUUCCAUGUAUUCAAAUAGAAUAUUUUGUUUUUA